AUGAGACGCCUAUUCCCUCAUGAGAAGCGUCUUAAACUGUCGAAUGAAGAGACGGAUGGGUCGAUACCCUACAGUCCAACCAACGUCUGCUUGAUUAGGGCUCCUAUUUUGAGCCUUUUGAGUGUGGAAGCCGGGCCGGUUGUGCUUCUGAAGCCCUUCAAGAGCCCCUUGGAAGGUCACACACCUGGUCUGAGUGAGGAAUCGCAGAGAAAGACACUCGGGUGUCGAAUUAGAGGCGUCACAAAAUCGUUUUUGCGUGAUUUCAGGGCCUCUAUCUAUGAGACGAAGGACGAGGCGCUGGAGAAUCUUCCGCCAGAUAAUCCUCUGACUCUCUACACUUCGCCGCCGGAAGAUGAAGUUCAAGUGGUCAUCAAGGUGGAUUCCAUGCUCUCCAGGUUCCUUAGAGACCAUCAGAGGCAGGGUGUGCAGUUUAUAUUCGAUUGUCUAAUGGGUCUCAAGGAGUUUAAUGGACGGGGCUGCAUUCUAGCCGAUGAUAUGGGACUCGGAAAAACACUCCAGAGUAUUACCGUAAUGUGGACGCUGCUGAAACAAGGGUUUGAUAAUCGACCAGGGUUAAAAUGUAGUGGAUAUUGUAAAGAUAGCACAUUUGUUACUGCAGAAGUAGGAGAUCUUCAAGGGACCCAAGGAUAUGGAUUUUGCACACACAAAGUACGAUUUGGGCUUCUUAUAGAUGUAAUAGGCUAUGGUGGAACUGAAUUAAACAUCCACACAAAUGGGACAAGCUAUAAGCCAUUCAGUGAAUCGCAUGGUAGGUUAUAUGAGAUCACUACCUACUAUUCUACAUUGUAUGACAAAGAUACAAAUGUCAUCAAGGUCCCCCUAAUUAUUGCCGUUAGGGACUAUUUACAAGGGCCAUACAAAUGGUUUGAAAACACUGGAGAUAGUAUAACAUGGAAGAAUAUUAACCAGAGUGGAGAUUUUCCUAGUAGUGAUACAGAAUCUAUCAAGCCACAAUUUAGGAGAAAACUAAAUGAUCUCACUUGUACUCUCCAUAAGCGCCAUAGAGUUGACAUGCGACAAAAACCUCCUAGUUACAAGUGUUCAAUAUGUGGUAACGCAACAGUUAAAGUUCAAGAAGGUGCUUUACUUGGUGAUCUUAGCAUAUACAAGAAGUUUGGGCAUACUCCCCAAUACAAUACUGGAGACAAGUACCACCUUACCUACGAAUAUAAUGAAGUCAGGAGAUGGGAAAACUUUUCCAUCUCUUAUGAGGAUAAUGUUAAGGAAGUGACAGUAAAUUACUGGGAAGGUGAUGAAGAUCGUAAAAAUCCUCUUUUAAUCAACAUAAGUCUCACAAGUGGAAUCUCGCAAUGGUAUGAGAAUGUUAGCCAAGAUGGAAGAAACACCAGUUGGAGGCCAGUCAAUGAGCAAGUUAUCGGGGAUCUUUCCAACCAAAAUAAUUUGAGGGAUAGACUUCAUCUCCUUAAUUGUCAUUUUAACAGUGUUGUACAGAUAAAAUUUGGAGUUACUGGUUGCCAUGUCCCAAAAGAUGGUGGUCAUCCUGAAAGAGUGAGAGCUGUGUAUAAUGGAGAACUAGGAAAGUACCCAGAAUUUUCAGCUUAUGAAUAUAUAUCUGAUGAUAGUUUCCGAGAGUCGGAUGAUCAGAAUAAUAAAAGGUGGUUUAAAAGAAUCGAUACUAACAGUUGGGUAGAGACCAAAGAUGAUCAUAACUUCCAGGGAAAAAACCCUUUACAGACUAAACAGACACUGAGUCUUAAAGAUAUUGGAAAAAUUCCUAAAAGUGGUUUACAGCUGGACAUUAGAAUAACUCCACACGGAAAUAAGGAGGAAGAGGUUUACUACGAUACAAAUAAGGAAACCAGAAAUAUUCCCAUAAAGGUUAUUAAAACCAAGAAUGCACCCGUAAGAGGAUUCUUUGAGACUUCUCACAGGCCUGCUAUUAAGGAUGAUAAGACCUUUGUUGUUAAGCACCUUUUAAAGGAUGGUGGAAAAAUUGGAACGGGAAAUAAUGUUAGUGGUGUGGAACACUUUCAUGUAUACUUUUGGGAUGGAGCUCCAAAUAAACCUAUCCUACUGGGAAUUAAACAGAAUACCAUCACUAGUUUUAGAUACUACGGUGAACAUGCUAGGAGGUGGAAGUUUGAUCCAGUAUCUGGUAUGACUGAACAAGAGGCACUGGAUGAUCAAAACUGUAUGGUUAACAAAGCUAUCCCUAUUGAACUAACAAAUCUUGAAGAUCUUAAAGGAUUCCAAUCUAGAGAGAAACCUUCUAACUGCUUAAAUGGGAAGAAUAUUAAGAUUGACAUUGAUAAAUCCUUUUUUAAAACCGUAUCUGAUCUAUACACAGUGGAUUCCUAUAAGAUUCCUCCUAAUACGAAAGUAUCUAGGGUUACAUUUAACAAAGAGGAUACCAACAUAACUCCUCCUUAUGAUGAAAACACUUCUAAGUUUAGGAUAUACAAAUGGAGUAAUUCUGAUACUCUUCUACUUGUUGAGUUUGUUAAGGAGAAUGGAGAAUCCAUGUGGUACGAGAAUCUUAGUAAGAAUAGUACUGAUUGGAAAAUACUUCAUGAGACAGUAUCUAAUGUAUUUUAUGACAGUAAAAAAUGCCUUACCGAGAAUUUAACCAAGAAACUAAACGAGGUUAAUUGUUUACUCAACCAAGCGGUUACGAUAGAUCUUACAAAAACCAAUUCUAGUGGUAAAGUUAAUAGAGGAUAUUGUUGCACUUACCAUACUAAUGGCCAAAGGAGGGUUUCUGUUACUAAGAACUCAGUUCAAGGUGCAUCUACUAUUCCAUACUUCAAGCAUGAGAUUGGAAAUACUUCAACACUAGCAGGCAUCAAGUAUUAUGAGAAUGGCGGUGCUACUAAUAGGAAAAGGAUAUCUUCUGGAUUAUUAGGUCUACCUAUCUCUGGUUCUCUCACUGUUUAUACAUUUUAUUGCAAAGGGAAUAGUCCAGUUCUAAUAUACAUACAUCCUACUACGGAACCUUCAAAAAAAGGCUGGUUCAAAAAACGAAAUGGCACUAAUGAUUGGGAAAGGGUCACAAGUGGACUCCCUAAUGAUAUACCAGAGAAUAUUAAAGGCUGCAGUGAUGGCACAUACGACCAACUUGUGAGAGAACUGGGAAGUGUUGGAUGUACAGACUAUGGAACAUGUCCUAAACCUCAACUCUCAUCUCAAUUAGGUGUUGCUCCUGGUCUUCCUGGUUCUGGAUCUCAAGACCAACUAAAGGAAGAACAAAAGACUACUGAACCUGGUGCUGUGGGACAUACUGGUGAUAAAGGUGAUGAAAAUGAUAGUCCUUUUGGAGCUAGAGGAAGCUCUGCUAAACAUAUUGGUAAUGGAGCGGGAGUAGCCCCUAUUGUAGGAACUUUACCUGGUGAAUUACUUGAAAGAUUAUUUGAAGAAGUUGUUAGUGUAGUUACUGAUAAAGAACUCCAAACAAGCUUGAUAAACCUUGGACUAGCUGGGAUGAUUGCUUCAAACACAGCUCUUGAAAUAACUUCUGAAGCUCUUCCACAGCAACAACCUGACUCCGAACCUAAAUUACAAACAAAUGCUGAUGAAGUUACUCAACCUGCUACUUCUGAUUCUACUACUCCUAAAGAAUCUGUUACUCCUACUGCAGAAGCUAAUGCUGCUGCUCAAUCAGCCUCAGGCCUUUCUACUUAUGAAAUGUCUCCAGACUCUUCAGUCUCUAAAAACUCUAACUCUACUCCUGAGAUUAUAGUUUCUGUAACUACAGGCAUUCUUGCUGCAAGAAAAUGUGCAAUCAUUUGUCCCGCAAGUUUGGUAAGCAACUGGGAAUCUGAGAUUAAAAAGUGGCUUCGGGGGAAAUGCCCAUGUACUGCAAUCGCAGACUCUGGACGUGAAAAGGUCAUUUCAGCAUUUGAAGGCUUUAAAUACGACAAUAACUCCAGAGUUCUCAUUUCCUCCUACGAAACUUACAGGAUGCAUUGUGCUAGACUCCAAGGAGUCCCAAUUGACCUUAUCAUCUGUGAUGAAGCUCAUCGUCUAAAGAACGAUAAAACACAAACAUCCUUGAGUAUCUCCUCGUCUCCUGCAAAAAUGAGACUCAUGCUCAGUGGUACACCAAUUCAGAAUGAUUUGAACGAGUUUUACUCUCUCAUCUCUCUUUGUAAUCCGGAUGUUCUGGGAGAUGUGAACAACUUUAGGAGAUGCUUUGCUAAUCCUAUCCUAAUUGGAAGAGAGCCAGAUGCUACACCAGAGCAACAAAGAAUGGCAGGCGACAGGCUUGCUGAGCUCUCACACAUUACAAACCAGUUUGUGCUUAGAAGAACGAAUGUUCUCCUAUCAAAGGUGCUGCCUCCGAAAAUUAUAUUAAAUGUCUUUUGCAAUUUAACUGACAUCCAGAAAACAAUCUACAAGUCAUUUGUAAACUCCAAAAGGUGGAAGAAUAUUAUCAAGGACGAGGGUGUAUUCAGCAGGACCCUUACUGCAAUCCAGUCACUGAUGAAGCUCUGCAAUCAUCCACUUUUGAUAAAACGAGGAGGCCUCUUGUCCACACCAGAUGUUGACGAUCUAUUUGAAAAUAUUGAACUUGCUUCCAAGAACAACAAGCACAAGUGCUGCAGAUGUGACCUUUCUGGAAAGAUUCUGGUGCUUUACAGACUCCUAUAUCACAUUAGGAAAAAUGGAAAUGACAGAGUCGUAAUCAUCAGCAACUAUACACAAACUCUGGAUAUUUUUGAGAGACUUUGUAGAGAAUGUAAUUAUCCAUUUGUUAGAUUGGAUGGAACCAUAUCCAUUAAAAAGAGACAUAAACUCGUAACCACAUUUAACGAUCCAACAACAAACAGUUUUAUUUUCCUGUUGAGUUCCAAGGCUGGAGGAUGCGGUAUCAAUCUUAUUGGGGCUAACAGACUGGUACUAUUUGACCCAGAUUGGAAUCCAGCCAAUGAUAAGCAGGCUCUGGCAAGAGUAUGGAGAGAUGGACAAAAGAAAGUCUGUUACAUUUAUCGCUUCUUUAGUACUGGGACGAUUGAGGAAAAGAUUUACCAGCGCCAGAUUUGUAAGGAUGGUCUGAGUUCCAUGCUUGUCACCGAUGGUAUAAACGAGUUAAAGGAUAGUUUGUCUGGGGAGGAACUCAAAAACCUCUUUGACUACAAGGAUAGUAUUCUGUCCGACACUCACGAUACAAUAGACUGUACCAGGUGUAACAGAGGGGAGGAAACAGUUCCAUUUGUCCCGCAGGAAAGGGAGGUUUUAGAGGAAGACCUAAAUACCUGGGCUCAUCACACGGACCUUAGCACAGUUCCAGACGAGUUCCUGGUUAGGGCGGCACUGAGAAAUGAGCCAAAAUCUCCGUACCCAGAGGUUGAUAUUGAUGACAAAUUUGUACCAAUUUCCUUCGUCAUGAGCUGCAGGAUCGAGUUUAAUACUGAGAAUGCUAACAUGGUGGCUACGGAAAAGAACUAUGAGAAACUCGUUCGGAACGAAACCAUGACAACCACGUGUGACAUAGAAAGCGAAGACUACACUCCCACAGACAACGACAUUUUAACAGGGGACGACUAA